ACCGCUGGCGACUGGGUUUCCGGUUCUGGUCGUUUCCCGUGGCGACAAAGAGCUUCAUGGCGACACUGACAACAUUUACUAACUGAAACGCUAUAUUGUAGCCUCCGGUUCGUUUUCCUGGUAUCUGUGUCCUCCCGUUUUAACCGUAAAUCAGUGUACGUGGAGGCAGCACGGUAAGAGUGGAUCAUGCCGAGCAGAGCAGCAGUGUUGUGUUAGCAGAGUCAAAAUGGCGUCUGCUUGCCCACUCAACACUCGUUUAAUCCAUCUGUGAUUAGCCUGAUAGACAGUGUCAGCCGGCCUGUGACUAUAUCCCGGUGGUUUUGGUUCGGUUUUCCACGCUGACACAGUCGGAGCACAUUUCAGCGUCAUGUCGGACUCGGAGGAGGACACCCAGGACAGGCAGCUUAAAAUUGUAGUGAUUGGAGACGGUGCGUGUGGGAAGACAUCACUCGCCACCAGGUUUGCACAGGAGGCCUUUGGGAAGCAGUACAAACAAACCAUCGGCCUGGAUUUCUUUCUGAAGAGAAUAAGCCUUCCAGGAAACUUGAACGUGACCCUGCAGGUGUGGGACAUCGGAGGCCAAACGUUAGGAGGGAAAAUGCUGGAUAAAUACGUAUACGGAGCUCAUGGGGUUCUCCUGGUUUACGACAUCACCAACUACCAGAGCUUUGAGAAUCUGGAGGAUUGGUUCAGCAUGGUGAAGAAGGCCAACGAGGAAUCUGACAUCCAGCCUGUCGUCUCCCUGAUUGGGAACAAAAUCGACCUGGAGCACAUGAGGACAGUGAAAGCUGACAAACACCAGCGUUUCUGCCAAGAGAACAGCCUCAUCAGUCAGUUCGUAUCAGCCAAGACGGGGGACUCGGUGUACCUUUGUUUCCAGAGAGUGGCUGCUGAGAUUCUUGGUGUAAAGCUAAACAAAGCAGAAAUAGAGCAGUCCCAGCGUGUGGUGAAGGCAGACAUCGUGAACUACAGUCAGGACACCGUGGCCAGGACAGUCAACCCCCCUCGCAGCUCCAUGUGUGUGUUGCAGUGACCCUCUCUCCAGCAAACACACAGACACGCACACACACACACACACACACACACACACACACACAGUGUCACUCUUCAAGAUGUAAAAUUGCCUUCGGUCAGUAUUCCUCUUCUUGGGUUUGUGGGGUGACUGGAUGAAAUGUGUUAGAGUGUGUUCUCUGUAUUUCUGUGUGUGAGUCGCACGGGUGAGAUGAAGAACAGACCGUGUGGUUUUCGAGGCCUUGGCCUGUAGUUCGGAUAUUUAGCAAGAAUGAUUUCUUUGGUGGUUUACCAAAAAGGAAGCGGGAACUCCGUUAUUUUUUUUUUUUCCAAGUUUACACGCAGCUAUCAUGUUAUUUCUAUGAUUCACCUUAAAAAAUAUAAAAAUAAGACUUUUACGUAUUAGAAUGAGGCUGGAUGUUUAAAACUGAAAUCAAUAAUUGGAAUAUUUUUAUAUAUCAGUAUAUUUUCCUCUGUCCGUGAUAUUAGAGACAUUUAAAUAAGUAGAUAUGCUGCAGUGUAUUUGUAAGGACCAUCAACACCUGUCAGAUCCACCUCUGCAAAGUGAAUUUGUUGUAAGACUUAAACAGGGAGUUGAAACCAAAUGCUCUUUUAUGCGUCUGUGGUGCUCCUCAGUUGAACAGAUAGGCAUUAAAAAAAGCUGUAGUGGACUGAAAUGAAUCUGUUUUCAAUUUGCCAAUUAGGGGCUUGCACCAGCAGUGCUGUGACGUCAACUGUGUACUGUGUUAUUUUACAUAGGAAAAUAUAAAUUUACAAUCUUAAAUCAAUAUUUACAUUUUAUAUUCUUUAUUAUUCAGAUAAUAUCCAAAUCAUGAAAUAGCAUCUCUGUUCUCCAGAUGUUUUGUGCAGGGUCCACAUUACAUUGUGAUCAUACAGCUUUACAUUUUCACACUGUGUAACAUUCCCGGGUUCAUCCUGUUCAUGGCAACUCAGAUGCUGUGUUGAUAAAGUGUUGAUGAAGGUUGGUAAAUAUGACUCAGGAAGUACCCGAGUGUCGAGCUGAGCGUGAGCUGAGCUGAAAUAUACAACAUUUUAUUAGAGGUCUCUACAUAGCCUUAUUCAGCUGUCCGUUCUAGAACAGAAGUUUGCAUUGAAGAAUGGCUAUGUCGCAUGAAAUGCCUCAUAGGAUCUUCAUUUUAAUAGCCUGUUUGUCAGUAUGUGUAUUCUUAGAGACAACUGAGAUAUUGUACGUUUAACCAGUUUUGUCACAGUAGUUUUUACAUGAUGGUUUGUGUUGGCAUGUUUUAAUGUGUCGUUCACCGACAGAAAUGUCCGCCAUAUGUGUAAAAUAUGUAUUUGUACAAUAAAAGCUGCAUUUCAAAGCUGCUUUCAUGGAUUAGAAAUGAUCAGAACACAUCCUGUAAAUCCUGAACAUGUAAACAAAAUGUAUGCUUUAAAAAAUUAAGAAUGUACAGGUUAAAGUGAAUGUUUAGUUGACAUAAACAGUGACGCAGUUUUGUGUUUCUAAAUAAAAAUGGAACAUGGCAAAC